CUUCCCUCACCCCGACUCCCUCAGACUCCCCCAAAUUCAUCCCAUUGUCAGUCUCUUGUCCUCCUCCUCCCACUUCCUCUCCUUCUCCUCUCUCCAUCACCCCAAAAUUGUCCGUUCAUUCACCCACUGCCACCACCUCCACCCCAUCUCCCUCUACGUCUACCCCAUCCACCUCUCCUGCCCCCCGCCGUUGGGGCUUUGCGGCCCCCUCCACCUCUCUAGCCCCCUCGUCCUCUCCUGCCCCCCGACGUCGGGGCUUUGCUGAUCUGGCUAAACGUGUGGUGAUGCAGGAAAGACUGAAGAAAGCUGAGCUGGAGGAGGCUGAAGCGGGUGAGGAAGAUGAGGAUCCUGAGGAGGACUUGUCGUUUGAGGAGAUGGAGGAGAAGGCCAUGUGUCGAGAUGCCAGAGCACAGACCAGUCUGGGCAGAUACUACCUGGGGUUGGCUGAGGAGAAGGAGGCGGAGCUUAAUAACCGCCUGGCAGUUGAUUGGCUGGUGCAGGCCGCUAAGCAGGGACGGAAGAGUGCAGCCCGUCUUCUACAGCGCUGCUGGAUCCAGAGGAAAGGUAUCGGUGAGGAUAAUGAGGAGGAGGUGCGUCGUCUGUCGACAGAGAGCAGGUUUGAGCAGACGGUUCGGAAGGCGGCCAUGAUGAUGUUCAGAAAGCUGAACCCCGACAGGAAGGAGAAGAUGGCGGUGUCUGAGAUGAUGGAGAACGUUGGACAGGUCAACGCUGUGCACGGUGGCGCCACCAUGGACCAAACCCAGAAAGUCCUGGAGAACAUGGUCACUGGAGAGACUGGUCAGUUUGUUGACCUGGAUGACUUUGUAGAGAUCACUAAGAGGUAUACCCAGGGCAUGGCCCCCAGCACCGGCUCGACACAGAGCCAGGGCCCUGCACAAACCUCUGGAGAGAAGCAGAGUGGCCUGGUCCCCAAGAAGCCUCAGAAGGGAGUGUGGGGGAUGGGUCGAAGUGACAUGUUGAUGGACACCAGACGACACUUCCUGCUCUACCUCUCCUUCAUCUCCAUGGUGAUCUGCACGCUACGCAUCUUCCAGAACAGCAAGGCGUGGGAGAACUUCAGUGCCCUAACAACCCUGCUGACCAGGUUUGAGCCUGGCCUGGACGUGGAGCAAGCAGAGUCUAACUUCGGCUGGAACAAUCUAGAACCCUACCUCUACUUCCUGAUAUCGGUGUUGUUCAUCGUCUUCUCCUUCCCCGUCGCUGAUAAAGGAUGGAUCCCCUGCUCGGAGCUGUCCACGGUAGCCAUCUUGUUCACGGUGGUCAGCUACAAGAGCCUGAGUCCCUCGGGCGCCACCUACGCCAAACGGGCGCUUAUCACUGAGGUGGCAACGUCUUUGUGUUCCCUGACCAGUCUCCUGCCCCAGAGUGCUGUUCUGCUGAGGAUGCUGAGCCACACCUUCACUACCCUGCCACUAGGGGAUUCAGUGGUGAUGAAGAUCAGUCUGCCCUGCCUGCUAGACCUCUACCUCUACUUCCUGUUCUUCAGUAUGGCUAGGCAGCGUGGUUUCCGUGGGACCUACUGUUUCCUGGUCCCCUACUUGGUCUGCUUCCUGUGGUGUGAGUUCUCUGUGGUGCUGCUCCAAAACUCUUCCCCCGUGGGGCUCAUCCGGACCUGUGUUGGCUACUUCCUGUUCCUGUUUGCCUUGCCUGUGCUGGCCGUGGGGCUGGCUGCCAUGGUCCUCAUCCAGCUGGUCAAAUGGUUCCUGGAGCUGGAGCUCACCAAGAUGAUUGUGACGCUGGCCGUGUGUGCGGUGCCAGUGACACUGAGGCUGUGGACGCGCUUCAGCCUGUCUCUCAUGGACGUGUUCCACUCCAUGUCGCAACGCGGCGCCGUCAAGCUCAUCCUGUGCUGCGUCACCAUGGUGAUGCUGUUCUUCUGGAUGUACGUGUACCACUCUGAGGGACUGCAGGGGUAUAACUCUACGUUGACCUGGAGACAGUACGGGCAGCUGUGUGGUCCUCCUGCCUGGAAGGUGAAAGGUGUGGCUCAGACACAGAUCUUCUGUACACACCUGGAUGGACACCAGGUGACGUGGACCGGGAGGUUCAGGCAGGUGCGUGUAGCGGAAACUGAAAACGGAGCCCAGUCCGUCAUCAACCUGCUGCCGGUGUUCAUGGGAGAUUGGUUACGCUGUCUUUACGGAGAGACCUAUCCUAAAUGUGACCCGCUGCGGAACAACUCCACCAACACCUCCACAUCCUCAACGGCAGACUCCAACACCCCCAACGCCACGGCAACCGUCGCUAAUGCUAACCUCACCGCCGCCGACUACGCCAACACCACAGUGAGUGGCGUUGCCGCGCCGACGGCCGUCCUCCUCCGGCAGCAGGAAGAGGAGGAGCUGUGUGUGAUUAAGGCUUUGGCCAAACACACGUGUCACGUGAAGCGAUACGACAGCUAUGUGUUGGAGGUGGGCGUGGGUAUGCCCGAGGAAGACGGGAUUCCAGAGGACCGGGCCAGAGACAUCAAACUGGUGGCCAGUCAUGAGUUCAGACAGGUGUUGCUGCGCCUGCAGCCCGGCAGCCUGGUGGAGUUCAGCACUACGUUGGAGGGUCGAGAAUGGGGGCCAGGUCCCGUUUGA